ACCUCAGUUUACCCCUUGCUUCGAGAGUGUCGUGUGCCUAGUCUGGUUUUUUUUGGAAAAUAUAGAAAAAAACAUUAAUUUUUUUCAUCAAAAUUAUUUGUCGUGUUUCGUGUCUUGUGUUUCAUGUUCGUGAAUUUAGUUGUAGGAUAGCUAGGAUUUAAGCGCGACAAAUUCCCGAAUACACACCGAUUGACGAAAGACAUUCUCAAGUAGUAAUAACUUUUUUGGAGGACACGAAAUUUGCAGUCGUAACUAAAUUUGGUCCGAGCAGGCAAUUAUAAUAUUUAUAUAAAGAUAUAAAAAAGCUACACCCACUAUGAACAAAAUGCGAAAUGUUUUGAAGUCGGUGGUCCAACGGCGACUGCCGCAGGUGAAUCAAAUUCGCAAUGCCUGCGGCGGUGAAUCGAAGACCUCGAAGGGUCUGGUGGUUGGUGUUUACCAGAAGGAGGGCGACAAUGAUCCAAAACUAACGCCCGCCGGCGAAAAGGUCAACGAUCGUCUGCACGGCAAGCUGCAAGAGCUGAUUUGUGAGACCAAGAUCACGGGUCGCUUGGGCAGGGGCAAGGUCUUCAACAACAUAGAUCCCGAAUUUCGCAGUCUGGCCGUGGUGGGCGUGGGUCUCGAGGGCAUUGGCUUCAACGAACUGGAGAUGCUCGAUGAGGGUAUGGAAAAUGUUCGCGUGGCCGCCGGAAUUGGAGCCCGUUCUCUGCAGGCGAUUGGCGUUACGGAGGUCUUUGUCGAUGGCAUGGAUUAUGCCGAACAGGCAGCCGAGGGAGCUGUGCUAGCCAUUUGGCGGUAUUGUGACAUGAACUCGAAGAGGAAACCCCCACAUAUCCCCAAGCUGGAGCUUUUUGAAUCACCUGACUACGACAGUUGGACCCGGGGCGUUUUCAAGGCGGAGGCUCAAAAUUUGGCCCGCAGGAUGUGCGAUACGCCCGCCUGCUGUAUGACGCCCACUCUGUUUGCCCAGGCCACCGUGGAUGCUUUGUGCCCCUGCGGCAUCACCGUGGAAAUCCGCACCAUGGAGUGGAUCGAACAGCAGCGCCUGCACUCCUUCCUCAUGAUCGCCAAGGGCAGCUGCGAGCCACCCGUUCUCAUGGAGAUCACCUACUGCGGAACCAAUCCAGAGGAUAAGCCCAUUCUGUUCCUGGGCAAGGGCAUUACCUUCAAUUCGGGCGCCAUAAAUCUGAGGGAUUGCAAGGGAAUGGACGAAUACAGGGCUUGUAUGUCUGGAGCGGCUUCUUGUGUGGCCAUGAUGCGAUGUUGUGCGGCCUUGUCGUUGCCGAUUAACGUAUGUUGCAUCAUCCCGUUGUGUGAAAAUAUGCCCUCGGGAAUGGCCUGCAAGCCGGGCGAUGUCGUGACCCUAAUGAAUCACAAAUCCCUGGCUGUACGAGAUCUGGACAAGGCUGGAGUGGUCGUGAUGGCGGAUCCCAUGCUCUAUGGACAGAGCACCUACAAACCGCGACUCGUCGUCGAUGUGGCCACUCUGGGGUCGGGUGUGAAAAAGGCUUUCGGCGGCGGAGCCACCGGGAUAUUCUCAAAUUCCCAUUACAUCUGGAAGCAGUUCCAAUCCGCUGGAGCUCUCACCGGCGAUCGCGUGUGGCGUCUGCCGCUGUGGAACUAUUACAAGAAACAGAUCACCGACGAGAUGGGCUACGACAUCAGCAACAAUGGCCGAGGAUUGGCCAGUUCCUGUUUGGCGGCCGCCGUUCUCCACGAACUGGUUCCCUGCGUGGAUUGGGCCCAUUUGGACACCAGGGGCACCGGGCUGCUGACCAAGUUCGGACUGGUACCCUAUCUCACCGCCAAAUACAUGACUGGCAGGCCCACCCGCACUCUGGUUCAGUUCCUCUAUCAAAUGGCCUGUCCCGCCAAUCAGAAAUGAAGGAAGAUCUAAUAAGCAGUCGGUGGAAUCCGACCUGAAAUAAUUAGAAUGCAGUUCUUGACAUUGCGGAGCAGUGUCAGUUCAACAGAACAUUUUGUAAGCCGUCUUGUGGAGUGAUUAGUAUUUCUGUGAAGUGUCCAAAGUUGUACAAAUUUGUUGUGAAAUAUGUUUAAAACAAAUAUAAAAAACAAGCUUUUAAAAA